CAAAAGCUUCCCAACUUUAAUUAAUCCCGAACUUGAAGCUUCCCUCCUUCUUGUUAAACUUCUUUUUUUGUUCUUGUUGUUUCUUUUUCCUCCUCCCAAUUGAACCCUUUUUCUUCUUCUGCUCUCUCAAGCUUUCCCUCCAACAUCCCUUCACUUUCUUGUUCUUGCCGUCCUCGUCUCUGUUGCCCAGCAUGGUGGCCCUCCGAUACUCUGUCCUUGCCGCUUUGGCUCUUCGCCUUGUCUCCGUCUUCGCCGCUGAGGGUGAUUCCCCUGUCGCCGAUGAUGCUGGUAGUCCUACGGACAUCGAGCUGAAUGCCCACCUUGUCGCCACCUUCCCCGAAGCCGAGGAUAUCUUUGGUGUCAAGCUAGUCAAUGGCCGACCCACCAAAGCUGUCAUCGACAUUACCAACAAUGAGGAUGAGCCUAUCUUGGUGGCCUUCGUUGGUGGCCAGCUCUUGAAUCCCAAGGAUAACGGUCCCAAUGCCGACCCAUCGAGCGCCGUGGUUCGCAACCUGACUUCCGUCUCCUACCAGGCGUCCAUUCCCGCCGGCGAGAAGCAGUCCCUUCCGUACUCCUUCAUCCUCGACAUGCAGCCUCAGGAUGUCCGCCUGCAGCUCAUGGCUGUUGUGAGCAACUCUGCCAACCAGAUCUUCCAGGUCGGUGUCUAUGAUCAUACCGUUAGCAUCGUUGAGGCACCUACCAGCAUCUUUGAUCCUCAGAUCAUCUUCCUGUACAUCUUCCUGUUGGGCGCUUUCGCUGGUACCUGCUACUUCGUGUACAAGACCUACAUCGAGGCUCUCUUCCCCCAGACCAAGCGUGCCAAGCCUACUGUCACCAAGAAGGUCCGCACCGUCCCCGCCGAGAAGGAGCCUCUCUCCGGUGGCGAGGGCUCCGGCACCGGUACCGACAACAAGGGCUACGACGAGAGCUGGAUCCCGUCCGACCACUUGAACCGCCCGACCGCCCGACGCGUCAAGAGUGGCGCCAGCAGCAAGUCCAAGAACAAGAACGCCGAGUAGAAAAGACGUCUUGUGAGGGACAUGGAUGCUCAUCGCGGCUAAGCAAGCAAGGCAUGAUAUGG